AUGUAUGAUAUAGGUGACGACUUGAGCGUAAUACCUAUGUAUGGCAUGAAUGACGACGUGAGGACUGGAAGUUUAUUUAAAAAAAAAAUGGCGUCCAGUCGUCAACAUCAUACCGGAAAAGUGUCUAUUGAGUAUAAGCAGGAUUCGACAAAACGUGCUCAAAGUAAAUAUCGUCGGCGAGAAACAUUGAUUAAAAAGAUACAAGAAUUUUCUGAAAUUACCACCAUUGAAGCUACAGUGGUUUUUCGAGAUUCGGAGAAAUUAUAUGUCGAUGGUCCUGCUGAUGACAUGAAUGCUAGUGUUGAAAAUUUUUUAAAACGUCCAGAAAAGAAAUCAUCCUCUGCUCAAUAUGAAAUAAGCGAUUUGCGUUUAACAAAUCAAUGUUUACUGUGCAGCGAGAAGAAGAACAAAGAUGUCUUAUGUUGCGCAUUACCAAAAUGUGCAAAAGUUGUACAUACAACUUGCUUAGAUAUAGUUGAUGUAAAAGCAAAAGCAUUGGAUUGCAUAACUUGGAAGUGUCUCUCUCAUACUUAG